AUGCCGGCCCGCCUGAAGCGCGCGCAACCCGCCGAACCCGACUCGCUCGACUCUCUCGCCCCUCUCCUCGACGAACACCUCCCCGCCCUCUUCACCGCCGCCCAGCACACGACCGCGUCGCACCGCAAGCACAUCAACACCCUGCACUCGGUCUUCCUCCGCUGCGCCAAGGUCACUACACUCAGUGCGGAUGGCAGGUUCACGCGGUUGAGCGGUGAGAAGGCGUUUGGCGAGAAGUUUCGCGAGAUGGUGACGCAUCCGCUGGGCGUCAAGAAGGGUGCAGACCAGGGAGACAGGGUCAUCAAAUUCAUCGCGGGCUUCGUCGGCUUUGCGGUCGAGUACGACUUCAAGCAGCGUGAGGCGAACGGAGACGAUGACGAAGACGAGGACGGUCCUGCCUCUCGCCUCGUCGCGCAGCUCCUCGCUUUCCUCCUUCGCGGCUUCCAGGCCAAGAACAAGAUUGCACGGUACCGAUGCGUCCAACUUGUCGCGCUGAUGAUCAACAGCCUUGGCGAGAUUGAUGACGAGUCGUACCACACCCUCAAGGCUGCCUUGCUCGAGCGCAUCCGCGACAAGGAGGCCUCCGUCCGGCAACACGCCGUCGUUGCGCUCUCGAAGCUGCAAGACGCCGACGAGGGUGCAGGCGACUCCGAUGACGACUCGGACGACGAGGAUGAGGGUAAAGAGAAGAAGAGUGUGACGGAGGUCCUGAUCGGCGUAUUGAACCACGAUCCCGCUGCCGAGGUCCGCCGCGCCGCCCUUUUUAAUCUGAUCCCCUCCGCCACGACUCUUCCGCAUCUUCUCCGUCGCACUCUCGACAUCGACACCACGAACCGCCGCCUCGCCUUCUCGCACGUCCUCGUUGAGAUCCCGCCUCGCUCGCUCACCAAGACCCAGCGGCGCGAGAUCAUGGGUCGCGGACUGCGAGACCGCGAGGAAGCUGUCCGCAAGGCAGCGAAGAAGCUCGUAGCGAAGUGGCUUGAGCAGGUCGACAAGGACGAGGGUUGUGAGGCAACGAUCGAGGCGUUCGUCGGCUUCUUCGACCUCUUCGACGAGGAGGGACAAAAGGUGGCGGAAAAGGCACUCGAGGCUUUGUUCGAGGUCAGGCCGGACUUGAUCCAGGACGUCGAGUUCAGCGACGACUUCUACCAGACCCUCACGCCGUCGACCGCCUUCCUUGUCCGUGUCUACCUCAACUACCUCCGCGCCGUCGACUCACCCCUCCUAGCCGAUCUCGAGCCCGUUGUCACAGCUCUCGCUUUCCACCUCCAGGCAGCAUGGACGCAACUCGUUGUCGCGCUUGAGGCAGACGAGCGGGAUGAGCAGAAGGAGGCAAGGGAGGAGUUCAUCGUUGGCGAGCUGGUCGGCAUCGCUGUCAACCUCGACUACGGCGACGAGAUUGGGCGGAGGAAGAUGUUUGAGCUCAUGCGCGAGAUGCUCCAACACUCGCUCCUCCCGCCUUCGCUCAUCCCCAAGUGCCUCGAUGUCCUCCUGAAGGGCACCUCCGAGCGCGAUUUCAUGCGCAUCGUCGUCGAGAGCGUCCAGUCCCUCCGCAACGACUCGCAUCUCGUCACGGACGACUCGGAGCUCGGCGAGCAAAGCGACGACUCGAGUGAUGACAGCGAUGAGCUCGAGUACGAGGGUGACGCGGAGGAGCGCGCGGCGCGGAGGAGGCUCAAGCAGGCGAAGAAGGGGAAGCGAGCGGUGCAGGAGCCGCAGCAGGCUGAGCGGAGGAAGGAGCUCGACUUGCGGUGCUUGUUUGUUGUCAAGGCCCUGCUAGAGCGGGUCAUGAGCGCUCUCCAGGAGAAUUCCAUGCUGCACGGUCUUGUCGCCGAGCUCAUUGUCCCUUCUGUCAAGACGAAGGACUACGAGGUCAGGGCGCAAGGCCUAAUCUGUCUCGGCUUGUGCUGCUUGCUCGACAAGUCUAUGGCGCUCGACUCGUUCCAGCUCCUCGCCCGUCAGAGCGAAGCAACCGAGGGCGAGCUGCAGAUCAAGGUUCUGCAGACCCUAUUCGACGUGCUCGUCCUGCAUGGCAUCAACUUUGGCGAAGAGCGCGGCUUUGGCACCGACAUCAUCCUUGGCUUCCUCGGCAGCUCGCUCGAUCAGGAGGACCCGAAAGCGGCCGCUACCGCCGUCGUGGGCAUCGCCAAGCUCAUGCUUUCCGGCAUGGUCACGGACGAAGAGAUUCUGGCCCGCCUCGUGCUGCUGUACUUUGCCGGCGAGACAGCCGACAAUCCCGAGCUGCGACAAUGCUUGUCGUACUUCUUCCCCGUCUACUGCUACUCCAACCCGCAGAACCAGCGACGAGUCUCAACGGUUAUGAUUAAGACGCUCGACGUUUUGCGAAGCGUGUACGACGAGCUCAAGGACAAGUCGACGAUGGUCACGCCGCUGCAGAUCGGGUCGCAGCUUGUCGACUGGACGGAUCCGCAGAAAGUCAUCGAGUCCGACUCGAUUCAGCCGGACGAGACCAUCCAGGCCGACUUGGCGCUCAAGAUGCUCAAGGCGCUCUACAAGUCGGAAGAGAAGGACGCCCGCAAGUUGUGGUGUCAGCUCCUGCCGAAGCUGUACAUCCCAGACGAGACGGACGACUUGAAGAUCAAGGCUUUGAUGGUCAUGAUCGAGGAGCUCAAGACCAAUCGCCCGCUGGCCGACGCCGUCCCCCGCAACGCCCUCAACCGCUUCGAAGCCUCUCUCACCAAGACUUUCGGCCUGCGGCUCGAGGCGCUCGAGGAUGUGCAGGUCGAGGAGAAUGACGAUGUGCGGCUUGUCAGGGAGUGGGUGGCUAAGGUCGAGGGAGAGGAGGAGGACUUCGAGGGGGAGGACGACGAGGAGGAAGAGGAGGAGAGUGAGGAGGAGAGCGAGAAGGAGGAGGAGUGA